UAAAGGCCUGCCGGAAGCGGAAGUAAGCAGACCGGCGGUGACCUGAGGAAUGUACACACGUGUGUUGGCAGGAUUUCGUUGUUUUGAUCGAAAGUGACCAUUCCUGGCCGACUUUGUGCACCUUCAUAGUACAGAGGAAUCUGUGUUGCUUUCUGCAGUUCUGUGCAGUAAGCAGACGUUGAAGAAUAAUUUCAUCAUGGAGGAUCUGAAGAAAGACGGUCGUUUUGCCCACAUCCCCAAAGACCCGCGCUUCCGCAUCGUGCCCAGCCAUGAACGCAAGGUCAAGGUCGACAAGCGCUUUCAGGGAAUGUUUAAAGACAAGAGGUUCAAGGUCAAGUACCAGGUUGACAAAAGGGGACGUCCCAUUAACAGGACAUCUAAGGAGGACCUGAGGAAGUUCUAUGAAAUGUCAAGUUCAGAUUCAGAGGAUGACAGCGAGAAGGAUGUUAGAACAGGAAAGUCAAAAAGGACAGAAAAGAGGAAAUCAUUACAAGGCAACACAGAAUCAAAGACAGAGAAGGAAGCUGUGAAAAAAUCAAGAGAUGUAAGAUUUGAUAGUAUUGAUAGAACUGCUCAGAAAGCAUUAGACAGUCAUAUCUCAGAUGACGACCAGGAAAGUGAUCUGGAGAGUCCUGGAGAUGAAGAAGAAAGUGACUCAGGCAGCAGUGGACUUGAUCAGCCAGGAGAUGAUUGGUCAAAAAUGGAAAAGCUGGAGGCAGACAGCAGGGAGGAUGGAGAAGAUGAUGAUGAUGAUGAUGAAGAUGAAUCUGAUGAAGAUGACAACAGUGAUGAGGAUGAGGGAGCCAAUGUUGACUUGGCUCGCGGUGAAGGAAACAUGGAAACCAGCUCGUCUGACUCUGAGCUGGAGUUUGAUGAGGAUGGGUCGGAGCAUGAGUGGGGAGAGUUGGAUAAAUCUGCCCCUACUACAGAGAAGCCCACCCACAGGUUUGCUGUGUGUAACAUGGACUGGGACAGGAUCAAGGCUGUGGACCUGCUGGUGGUCUUCAACUCAUUCAAACCCACAGGAGGACUGGUCAAGUCUGUUAAGAUAUUUCCGUCAGAAUAUGGUGCCAAGCGAUUACAAGAGGAAGACUUGCAGGGACCAGCAGAACUGCUAGGGGGAGAUGACAAGAAUGAAGAAGAUGAUGAAACAGAACAAGGUUCCAAGUACAGUACAGAGAGACUGCGCAGGUACCAGCUGAACAGACUGAAGUAUUACUACGCUGUGGUGGAGUGUGAUUCUGUACAGACUUCUGCUGCCAUCUACAAACAGUGUGAUGGGUUAGAGUUUGAGCUGAGUGCCGCCACAAUGGACCUCAGAUUUAUCCCAGAUGACAUGACUUUUGAGGAGCAGCAGCCGACCCAGGUGGCCACUGACGCGCCGCCGAUGUACAAACCUUCCGUGUUCUUCAACACCGCGCUGCAGCAGACCAGCGUGGAGCUCACGUGGGACGAGACCAACAAGGAACGACUCGAUGUGACCAUGAGGAAGUUCAAGGAAGAAGACAUCGACAAACUGGACCUGACAGAGUACCUGGCCUCGUCCAGUGGGGAGGAAGAUGCAGGCUUGGUCAAUCUGAUUGGUGCAUCAAGUGAUGAUGAGGAGCAGGAAGAUGAUGAGGAGGAGAAGGAUGAGGACCAGAUAGCCCAGUACCGCGCCCUGCUGCUGGGGCUGGAUAAGAAGGAAGAGAAGAAGGAGUUUGAGAAAGACAUGGAGAUGGAGGUGACAUGGGAGCCUGGUCUACGUGAAAAGGCAGAAGACCUUGUUAAGAUGAAAACUGAAGACAACAAGAGCACACCCUGGCAACAGUACCUCGAGAAGAAGAAACAAAAGAAGAGGGAAAGAAAGCAGGAACUGAAGAAGAUGCAGGAAGAGAAAAAGUUUGAGGAAGUGGAGGACUCUGAUGAGGAGGACCUGCCUGCAGGUGUAGACCUGGGGGACGACUACUUCAGAGAGGAGCUGGAGAAGUUACAGACAGAUGACAAGUCCAAGAAGAGAAAGAAAAGGGAGAAGAAAAAGGUGGAGGAACCCACACCCGAGGAGAAGAGACAGAAGGCUGAGCUGGAGCUGUUGAUGAUGGAUGAAGAGGACAACAAACAGCAUUUCAACAUGAAAGACAUCAUUGAAGCUGAGACCCUGGCAGACGUGAAGAAGAAAAGGAAGAAAAAGAAGGACAGAAACACAACAGAUCAGCAAGGGACAAAACUGGAGGACAACUUUGAGAUUGACAUACAGGACCCCAGGUUCGAGGCUGUGUACUUCCACCUGUACAACAUCGACCCAUCUGAUCCUGGCUUCAGAACCAAGGCCAUGGAUGCCAUCCUGACUGAGAAGCAACACAGAAGGGCAAAGGGCAAGAAGAGGAAAGUACCAACAGAGAAAAAAGUUGAGCCAGAAAAGCAACAGACCAAGAGACCAGAAGCCUCUCUAGACAAGCUGGUGAAGUCAGUUAAGGCCAAAACUAGUCAGUUCCAGGCAAGGAAGAAAAUGAAGUCUUCUUAGCAAUUUUACAGCAAACCAAAAUUGACUUA